ACCUGAACAAAUAAACAAACAAACCACAGAAGGGAGUUUUUCUUUCCAGGGAAAGCAAAGAUGGGAGGAGCAGAAAGAGAGACGAUCGGUGAUAUCAGUCUGUCCUGAUAAAAGAAGAAACACAAACACACCUGAAUCACAAGAUCUACAGAAAUGGAGAGAAUCACAUUGCUGUCUCUUCUGCUCACAGUCGUGGUCAGUUCAUCUCCGCGUCAGUAUCACUUUGUGAAUCAGAAGAUGAACUGGACUGAAGCUCAGAGUUACUGCAGAGAGAAACACACAGAUCUGGUCACUAUCAAUAACAUACAAGAACAGAAUGACAUAAAACAGCUCUUAAACAGUAACUCUGACCGUGUCUGGAUUGGGCUGAAGGACGCAUGGAUUUGGUCUCUGAGUGACUCUGACUUCUACAGAGGAGAUGAGUCUCAGUAUAGGAACUGGAAACCAGGACAACCAAGUGGAGAUGGAGACUGUGUUUAUAUGAACAAUGAUGGACAAUGGAAUGAUAAAAAGUGUAAUACCCAAAAGCAUUUCAUCUGCUAUAAUGGCAGCAGUAAAGGGUUCGUCCCUGUACAGGAGCUAAAGAACUGGACUGAAGCUCAGAAAUACUGCAGACAGAAACACACAGAUCUGGCCAGUGUGAGGAAUCAGAGCGAGAAUCAUCAGAUCCAGAACAUCAUAAACCAGAGCCUAACUUCACCUCAUCAAGCCUGGAUCGGUCUGUACAGAUUCUGGGUUUGGUCAGAUAACAGCAACUUCAUAUUCAAACACUGGAAACAAGAUGAACCCAAUAACAAAGCUACAAAAGACAGCAUCUGCGCAUCAACUGGUAUCAGUGAUAAAGGACGAUGGACAGACGAAUACUGUAGAGAAUCACAUCCCUUUGUGUGUUAUGAUGAUAAACUGGUUCUGAUCCGAGAGAAUAAGACGUGGCCUGAAGCUCUGAGAUACUGCAGAGAAAGGGACAUGGACCUGGUGUCGGUGGAUUCAGAGCAGAUGCAGCGAUGGGUGAAGAUCUUGUUCAUGAAAGCAAACGCCUCCUCUGCUCAUGUGUGGCUGGGUCUGCGUCACUCCCGCAUACUGGAACUCUGGUUCUGGGUCAGCGGUCACACCAUGUGCUACGAUCAGUGGGCUCCUGAUUACGACACCGGACUGGACGACUGCGUUAUUACGGUCAGAUCCGGAGCCAUUCGGACCCGUGAUCAGCUCUGGAUCAGCCGCCCUGAAACUGAAGAAAACAACUUCAUCUGCAUCAAACCUCAGCAUUCGCAUCGAAGUAUCGACUUUAUCUCCAAUGUUUCUCUGGAGAAAUUAAAAAUGAGGAUACAGACGUGUCAGCAAACCAGUCCAGAGCUGCUCAAUGAAUGUGGAGCUGAAGUACAAACAUCUGAGAAACAGGAAAACCUCAAUAAAAAAAUGGAGAUAAUCACAUUGCUGUCUCUUCUGCUCACAGGAGAUUGA